AUGUUCGCAGCAAGUGUGGCAAUGAGGAACUGGAGAAAUGGUGUGGGUCCAAACAUUGAUGGAAAAGUGAUGGAAAAUGUGGCUAGAUCGAUUCAUAUGCAUGGUGAACCUUAUGGAGGUGGCAGGGUCUGUGUACAUACUUCGCGUGGAGCCUUAUAUGUCAAUGUUCAGUCACAUGAAUGCACUUGUGCUGCAUGGCAAAUGACAGGGAUUCCGUGUCCACACGCUUGUGCUGCAAUAAGGGUGGUUCAUGCAAAUGUGUAUGAUUUUGUGGAGGACUGUUAUAAAAUAACAUCCCAAGAGAAGAUUUAUGGGAACACCAUGAUUCCAGUAGUGACAAUUGACAGGCCUAAUCCUAAUGAUUAUAUGCUGCAAAAUAUAGGAAACCAAGUGUGGCUAUACCCACCUACAACUAGUAGACCUUCGGGAAGGCCAAGAAUUAGGAGGCGGGAAUCCCAAUUCCAAAACAGGAAGAUUUACCACUGUGGACAGUGUCAUGAACCUGGGCAUAGUAAAAGAACAUGCAGAAAUCCAAACCCAAGUUAA